AUGUCGCGAAACGGCUCCAAUGACGCCGAGAAGAUCGACAAGGAUAGGCUCCUGUCUUCUCUGGAGGGCCUUGAAGUGCGGGAGCCCUUGUACCUCGGAGAGAGCGUGCGGCUCGUCGACCCUACGAACGCCGAGGAGUGCCGAGGGUUCCUGGACCUGGAGGAGUCCAAGACCGACAGGGUGGGGAUGGCUCGUUCCCUGCUGGUGAAGGCUCUGGAGCACUGCCCAUCGGGGGAGGAUGGCUUCCGGCGGCGGCGGGUGCUUAUCCUAGGGCAUCUCGGGGAGGAGAGCUUCGUCGCGGGAAGGCAGGAUGGAAUGGGACGGAACGAAAUGGGAUGGGGUGGGAUGGGAUGGGAUGGAAUGAAAGGGGGCGGGGUGGGGUGGGAGUGGGGUGGGGUGGGAGGAUAUGACGACGCAUUGGAACGCCUGCCACUUGUGUGGAAAACCUACCUGGCCGAUGGCUGGCUUAAGCUGGCGACGGCCGCACUCCGUAGAGUGUACGUUUGCGCCUGGCGGUCUGGAAAGGCAAGAACCGUGGCGGACAUGGCGCUGCGUCUCUCCAGCAAGGCGCUACGACCCUGGGUGCCCCUGGAGGAGUCGAAACGCCUCCUGGCCGAAGCGCUCCCGCUGGUUGGGGCGUUGGAGGCUCCGUCGGAGGCGGUGCAAUCAGACCGGGGAUUCGUCGCCAGCCUCGCCUUCAACCACUCCGCGCUCAACUGCACCAUCCGAGACACACGAAGCACCGGCCCCGCUGGAGCGCCACCGGCAGCAGAAAACAACGACCCGCCGUCUUCUUCCUCCUGCCCAGACCCGCAGCAGCACUCGGCGGACUUGACGCUGCGGGCGGGGGGCCUUCUGACGGCCAACGUCGGGCUAUGCUUACCCUGGUCAGCCUUGCCGUCCAGCGAGCCGCUGAGGCUGGUCGAGGCCCGGGUGCUGCUCACGAAGCGCGGUGGUGGUGAUGUGGCCGCCGCCGCCGCCGCCGCCGCCGCUGCUUCGGGGGUGACUCUGUUGGUACCUUCCGGACAGGGUUCCGACAUCGCGCUCGAGGGGGGCGAAGGCGGGGCCUGGGCGAGAGCGCCUGGGUUCGAGGCGGUGCGGCUGGUGCCUCCAAGAGCGAGAGCGCACGUGCGCAUCGCCGAGCCUUCCUCGGUCCUCCUCGACCUUACCACACGCCUCCUUGUGACCGUGUCCAAGGCGCCCGUGGCCACUCCUGCUGCUGGUGCUACCGCAAAAUUGUCCGAACGAAGCGGCGGCGGCAGUGGGUGCUGCGGAAAGCCCCCCCACCCUUUCCGAGGCGGGUUCCUCCACCUCGAAUGCGAACCGGCACCGGUCCCGCCGCCGAUAGUUUCGCCGCAUUCCGCAACAACAGCCGCCGCUGGUGGGGGUAGUAGUAGUCAAGAGCAGCAGCAGUCUUCGGUGGCUCCGCCACCGGCAAGACCGCGGCCGGAACGCGCGUUUUUUUGGGCGCCGGCGACGACGGCGGCACGGACAGGGGGCGAGGAUUCGUCGGUUGCGGUCUCCGACGGCAAGGGCGGCUUCUUGCCUGUCGUUGUGGGCAGCGACGGGCAGCCUUUGGAGGGGAUCCCGCUCCCUCUGUCUUCCAUCGACCCUUUUCGGGAGGAGGAGGAGGAAGUUCAAGAGGUGACGGUUCCCGUGUGGGUUCGGUCGGAGACGGCGGGAAAGGUGGCGAUUCGGGCCCGCGUGGUGUACGGCUUGGGGGGCAAGUCGCCGGGGGCCGCGGGGGCAGCAGCAGCCGGCGGCGGUGGCGGCGGCGGCGAGGCGGAAGAAGGCGUCGCCGUGACGGAGUGGGCUCGCGCGGAGGUGCUGUGUGUUCGGCCGCUGGCGAUGGCUGUCGACGUGGUCUCGGUGCCGGCGGACGAGGGCCGAGGGAGUCGUGGCGGCGGUGGAAACGGGGCCGCUGCUGCUGCUGCACCGUGGGCGUGCGAGCGGUCCGGUCACACGGUUGCAGUCAAGGUGUCCUUGACAAAUCUCCAGGAGAAGCGGCUCGUCGUCUCCCGCAUGGAGGUCGUGCCCCCUUCGACCUCUUCUUCUUCCUCAUCCACCACCGCACCCGCAGCAAGCCCCGCUUCCCCGACCACCGCUGCCGCCGCCGCGACUCCCACGGCUUCUAGCGAUGGCGGCGCCGAGGGCACGGUGACUUGGGCGACGCUGCCGAACGGACCCGUCCUGCACGACGACGAUGCCGCAACGGCGGCGACGGCGGCGAGCGGGGGCAGCGGUGGUGGCGUUGUGGCUCUGCCGGGUACCGGCGACACCUACACCUGCUGCUUCACGGCCAAGGGGGAGGCGGAGCGCCCGGCCCCUCUCGGAAAACUCAGGGUCACGUGGAGACCGGACGAUACGGGGGGAGGGGAUGGCCCGACAACGUCCCCGGCCACCGGGGGAGGGGAGGCGGCGGUAGGAGGGGUGACGGAGUUCCCGCUUCCUGUGCUGACCGCUCGGCCGCCGGCGCUGUCGGCGAGGUUGAAGGCUCCGCCCCACGCGCGAGUAGGGGUAGAGUUUUCGAUGAGCUGGGAAAUUUCGAAUCUCACGGCGGUUUACUCUGCCAUGCAACUCACCACGGAAGACGGCGGCGAUUUUGUCUGGAGCGGGAAGCGUUUGUGCAUGCUGCAGGUGGCGCCGAUGGAGACGGUGUCCGUGGUGUACCGCUUGGUGCCCAUCGUGCCGGGGCACGUGCUACUGCCCAAAGUGGCCGUCGUGCCCGAGCGGGAACAGAUUAACAUUAUCCCGGACGUAGCGGAGGGACGGCCCCACAUUUUUGUUCAGCCGUAGAGGCCGCCGUCUUCUGGAAGGGACCGUUGGCGGGAGGUGGUACUCCCGUCCGCCUGUGUUGUGAGGGGAGGGCAUGGUGGUGGCAAGGGAGCGUUGUAUGUUGGAUGUGUGUUGUUUGCGCAUUUGUUGAAAGGGUUUCCUUUUCAGCAACAACGAUAGUCGUCCCCCCUGCCAGUUGACGCUAAUACAAUCACUGGUUUGCGUUGCACGCAACGUGUCGCUGCCUAGGUUUUGCUCGUUCUCUUCCUUCGUUCUCUUUUCUCAAGCCAACAUACCGGCCGGUAUUUACGUAGUCUAUUCUCUGUUACAGCCCGUUGACUUCCUGUUGUCUGCAUCGCCGUGUUCUUUGUUUUGUCACAUGCUUGUCGGUCUCUCGUUGUUCUCGUUUGAUCUGCUCGCCGAAGACUCCCCGUACGUCUGAUGUCCCGAUGGUUGUGUUUGGUCGGCUGAGAUGCCGCAGUAGGUAUCGUUGCUCUUGUAUCGUCAGCUACAAAUUAUCAACUCUGUCCAAUCUCGACAAUUGCGGAUACGAGUUCGGUGGGCGCUGCCUGUUUUGAGCGUACGCUUGCUUGGUUCGGAAUGAACGUCUAACUGGUUAAUUGGAGUCCACAAUGU